GAGAGGUGUGCGCCUGACGGGGGCGUUCCCUACUUAGGCGUCCUCUCGCGUCCUGUACAGUAGGUGAGGCCGCGAACGGGCGUGGUCGGUAGCCAGGGUCGCGCACUGCCCUCGAUAUAUAAGACACUCCGGAGGGAAAUCCAGACACACUUCUUCCUCCCAGCGUCACAAGAUCACCCGCAGGAUGGGGUACAAAGUUCUGCUGUUGCUGUGCCUGCUGGCAUAUGCGUGGGCCGAGGACAUGACGGAGGCGCCGCUGGAGGACCUGGAAACCGCAGCCGACACCACUGACACCGAGAACUCCACCGUCGUUCCGAUCCUGAGACACAUCAACGAAGUCAACGAAGACGGCUCCUACACCUUCGGGUUUGAGGCAGCAGAUGGCACCUUCAAGAUCGAAACGAGGGACAACCUGGGCAACGUAAAGGGCAAGUACGGGUACACUGAUGACUUCGGGGACCUGAAGGUGGUCGAGUACACAGCUGGGAACGCCACAGGCUUCGAGGUAAAAUCGGAUCUCCUGCCUAAAGUUGUUCUCCCUCCUCCAAUAAAUGCUCAGCAGCUGCCGGGUCUUCCCCCACGUCCCCGCAGGCCACAAUUUAAUCCCCAGCGAAUUCCCCAGUCCCAACAGUUUGCUCCUCAACCCCAUUUCACCCAGCCCCAGCGUCCUCAGUUCCAGCCCCAACCUGGUCAGUUUGCUCCCCAGCCCCAAUCUGGUCAGUUUGCUCCCCAGCCUCAACCUGGUCGGUUUGCUCCCCAGCCCCAACCUGGUCGGUUUGCUCCCCAGCCCCAACCUGGUCGGUUUGCUCCCCAGCCUCAACCUGGUCGGUUUGCUCCCCAGCCUCAACCUGGUCGGUUUGCUCCCCAGCCUCAACCCCAGCCUCAGAUCAACUUCCAUUCUCAACCUCAAUCACAGUUCGCUCCCCAGUCAGAAGCUCGACCCCAGUUUGCUCGCCGGCUUCAACCCCAACCUCUUCCCCGACCCCAACCUGUUAACCAGCCCCGACCCCAAUUCGACGCUCAACCCCAGAUUCCUCUCAACACACAGCGAAAAUUCACUCCCCCAAGGUUCCGCCCGCAGCCCCAGGCUCCCCAAGUCACCGAGCGACCCAUCAACGUGGCUCUGGACGGCUUCUCUGAGGAUAACAACCAAGACGGGUUCGUUGACGGGUCACCUGAAGAGGCGCAGAAAGGAAACCCUGUCGCACCUCCCGCUGCUCUGCCCGCCGGGACUUUCACACUUCCCCAAAACCCCCAGCCCCGCCCACAGUUCGCUCCACAGAAGCCACGACCGCAGCUCUUCCCUCAGCAGCCACAGUUCGCUCCACAGCAGCCACAGUUCGCUCCACAGCAGCCACAGUUCGCUCCUCCACAGCAACAGUUCUUCCCUCAGCAGGUUCCUCAAGGUUUCAAUAGGUUUUCUCCUCAGCAGCCACAGUUCGCUCCACAGCAGCUGACUCGGCAGCAGAUCCAGCAGCAGCAGUUCCUCGCCAGUCAUCAGGGCUUGAAUCCUCAACAGUCUGCACGGCCACAGUUUUUCGGCGGGCAGCAGGGCGUUCCCCAGUUCUUCCCCCAGCAACAGCUAACUCCCCAACAGCUACAAGACGCACGAUUUGAUGCCCAGCAGUUCGUGCCACAGCAAUUCCAGGGUCAGCGCUUUGGGUCACCACAACAGUUUAGUCAGUCCAUCACACAGCAGUCUGUGGCCUUACCAACACCAGUGCCAAAGCCUGCAGCUCCUCAGCCCACACCUAACUCAGCCAAGGCAUAAAAGAUGCUAACUAACCUUGUGAUGCUCACCCGCUAUUUAUUUCUUCUUAUUUUGCGUCUGUUACGUGAAGCUUAAAUUCCCAUGCUAUCAAAAUUAUUUCCACGGCAUUUUAUCUUGUAUUUCUGUAUAUAGGUUUCUGAAACGAAAAAUGAAUGUAAAUAAAAUAAAAAUGCGGACUGCUUUUUUGAUAA